AUGGAAUCUUCAGUUGCAAAACUGAAAGAAAAACUUAAAACAGAGCAUAUCACACCUAUUCUUGUUCAGGCUAUUAAAGAACCAGCAGAAAAAACAGAUCAAAAUGACAAAAUUCUUGUAAUAACCACCCCAAAAUUACUCAUUUAUUCGAUAGACAUGAAUGCAUUAAACAAAUUUUCAUGGAAUGAUUUGACAUCUGUUGAAUUUACAUCCAAAAGCGCUUUCCUUACAUUCAGAUCCUCAAAAAUUUCAUUUGACUCACCAAAUAUCAAUCAGAUAAGUGGUGAAAUCGUCGAUUGCGUGCGAUCUAUACUAUCAGAUGAGGAAUUACACCAAAAAGGAAUGAAUCCAUUUCAAAAUUAUCACUCAAAACCUACAUAUAAUUCAAUCAUUGGCAGAUUAACAAACUAUAUAGAGGCAUUAGAGAAUAGUGAAUAUGGAAAACUCAUUGAAAUCCUUUCAAAUAUUUGUAUUUUCAGGAAAAAUUCACUUUCAUUUAAAGCACUAUACGCAUUUAAGGAUUGUAUACCAUCAGUACUUAAUAUAUUACCUAUAUCUCACUUCAUUGAUACAUUAAUCAUUGAAUCAAAUCCAGAUUUUGAUCCCUAUGCAAAUAUAUCUGAUUUUAUCACAAAAAACACAACAAUUACAAGAUUAGCUGUUCAAGGACCUCUUGGACCAAAAUUUAGAAAAUUUUCACAUAAUUUUGAGAUAAGUCCAUCAAAUGUUGUUACAAACUUUAUAUUCUGUGGUGAUAAUUUCAAUGAUGCAGAUUUUAAAGAUAUUUCUUCUUUUAUUGUUGCAAAAAAGAUAUCAGCUCUUGGCUUUAUUAAUAGUUUUACAAAAGAUAGUUUAAAUGCGUUUUCUAGUUCUAUAUUCAAGUCACCAAUAGUAGAGAAACUCAAGACGAUCAAUAUAUAUGGUAAUUUACCAACAAAGAUUUCAAAUUUUUUAAAUCAAUUUACAAGUUUGACUAAUUUAGUUCUAAUUAAUAGCGAUGUUGAUGUUUGUGAAGUUUUUAAGAUUUGUUCGAAGUUUCAGCUCACGUCUAUUGAUUUAAGUAAAAAUAAAUGUUCAUCAGGUUUUUCUCAAGUUAAUUCAAUCAGUCAGAUGCUAUUUUCCAUUAAAUUAGAGGAUGUUAAAUGGGAUGAUGGCGCUUUAACAGGAUUUAUGACCUUUUUGUCGCAGAAUUGUAAAAAGAAUUUAGAAUUAAAUAUCUCAGACGCAAAUUCAUCGGCCAAUGAAUGGUUUAAUUUGUUUAUCAGUCUAAAAAAACUUAAAUUCUCUAAAAUUAUUGGACUAACAUGGAAUAAUAAUCCAAUAAAUAAUUUUUUCUUCAAUUUCUUGAAGAAGAAUGAGAAACUUAGUAAUCUUUCAUUAAGAGGAUGUUUCAGCGAGAUGGAGAGUGAUCAAAUAACAAAUUUAUGUUCAUUUCUUGCGAAUAAUUCCAGUAUCCAAAAACUUGACGUAAGAGGAAAUGCACUAAGACAUUUCGGAAAAUACAUUACCUCAGUAUUGACAGCUAUUCAGAUCUCAUCGAAGGUCGAAUAUUUAGAUAUUUCGAAUAAUUAUUCGGGAGAUGCAGGAAUUAAUCAAAUCAAGUAUUUAUUACAGGUCUGUCCGAUAAAAACAAUCAAUUGUGAUGGAUUUUAUCCAUCAUCAGCCUCAAAUUAUGUUGAAUUUCUUGAUUCUGUGAUUGAAAUCCAGAAAUCGAACAAUCUUCUAUUUUCAUGGCCAUCAAAAGAUCUAUCGCAUCUUCUUUGCAUGCAUCAGCUUCGACAUUCGAAGUAUUAUUCAUUGAAGAAACAGCUUGCAGACAAAGAAGGAUUUUUAUUUGACAAUGACAUAAGAACUGGGUUCACAGAGCUUUGUCAUUUGUUUGAAACAGCUCCAAAGAAUACUUCCAGGCUUAUAUUGUCAUCACCAAAUUACACGGAGUACAAAUUCGAAACAGAAUUUAAUUCUGAUGGUGAAAUUUUGCCACAAAAAAGAGUCAAAAUCAAGAAAUCUCUUAUUUCUCUUAAACCACAGUUUGACAACGAAGUUUCUCUUCGAAAGAUAUCAAACUCACUGAAGAAACAUUCAUCGGAAAGUUCCGAUUUCUACAAACUCUCUGAUGAUCGCAAAACAGCAAAUUCUCUUGAUGCUGAAACAUUGGAAACAUUCGAUAACACAAAGAAAAACAAAAUUUCGGAAGAUUCGACAGAUGAAUUCAUCUUUGGAACAGAUGUUCUUGAAGGCCAUUCUCUUUCAAGUAACGGUGGACGUCACCAAGUCAACACAGAAGAACUCAAAUCUAAUGAAGAAAGCAAAUACAAAUCGAGUAUUUCCAUUCCGAAAAAUCCAUCAUGGAAAUUCCCAAUUCCGGGAAAGUUCUACACAGAUAUAGACAGCAAGUGGAAAGAAGCAGAAGAAAACUUCUCAUUAGAUCUAGUUUUCGAUGAUUUAUCGAAAACAAAACCAUAUUCACAUCAGAAACUAUAA